GAUCUUGCUGUGCGGAAACGCGAGUCAGCAAGGGCCGUGGGGCGUAAUGAGAAGGGCUGUGCGGUAGCUGUACCCAGAGGAGAGCGGGCUGUUCAGACCUUUACAACAUAAUAAAGAAUGGCGAACUUGGAGAAAUCCCAUGCAAGUGUUGACAGGUUCAUCUGCAUUUAUCCAGCUUACUUAAACAGUAAGAAAACUAUUGCUGAGGGAAGGCGCAUUCCCAUAGAAAAGGCUGUGCAGAACCCGACAUGUUCUGAGAUUGCAGAUAUCUGUCGUGCCAACAAGCUGAAUGCAGUUGUGGAGGGGGAUAAAAUGUACACUCGGGAGUGGAACAGAGAUACACAAUUUAGGGGCAGAGUGCGGGUGCAGCUUAGGAACGAAGAUGGAAGCAGUUGUGUCGAUAAACUUUCAUCAAGGAAAGCCAUAAUGCUGCGAGUAGCGGAAGAAAUUCCAAAGCUGAAGACCAGAACACAGAAGAGUGGAGGUGGAGACCAAAGUGCGCAACAGGGCGAAGGUGGCAAGAAGAACAAAAAGAAGAAGAAAUGAUUUGUUUUCGCCUGAAAUAGACAUUGUAAGGAGUAGGAGUGGUGCUAGACUCAAGGGGAACUUAACGCUCCAUUUCUGGAAAGUAACGUUUCAGACCUCAGAAGUGCUUAGUAAAUACAGCUCUGUUUGAUUAUAUAGGUUCAUUGGCACAAAACUCCUGUUUGUUUUCCCAAGAACUCUUUUGAAAGUAACGGUAAUGUAAUGUUCAUCUCCCCUAUAAUAAAGCAGCAAAGAGGCAAUCAUUUGAACUCCAUCUGUGGCCUUUGUUUUAUUGGAGCAAGCAAGGCCUUGGAGUACACCAUGGAAAUGCUGUUUUUUCUUCUGCCUAUAAUUCAAGAUUGUUUUAUUUAAUUUUUUUUUUUUUUUGAGCAAAGGCCAAUGGGUCUAUCAGUUGACCAUGUACCCAGUUUUACAAAGGAAUAAACAAUGAUUGGAAAUGUG